UUUAUCUCCUUCGCUUCGUUAACCAAUUUCAUCACAUUCAUCCUUAUCACAAUUCUCACUUGUUUAUCACAACUUUUUUCUUUCUCGCCUAAUUCGCGUCUCGCCACUUUUGCCUAAAAAAAACUGUUUGUUUACAUCGAAUUCGCUUAUUUUGAGGCGCCGACUCGCCGAAGUUUAUUUUUUACGCACUAGUAUGGCGAAUUCAUAGACAUUUCAGUUGACAAUUAAACCAGACGUAUAAAACUGUGUAAGAUUCAUUAGUACCGUGAAGAAAUUGAAGAAAAUUUAAUAUAAGUUUACAGUGAAGUGAUUUUUAUAUAAAAAUAGUUCCAAAGAUACCGCUACAACUUAUUCAACUGUUUUUAAAACAUAUAAAAUGAAAUAUUACGUGUAGUUGUUCAUUUUAAAUCCACCAUUCUACUUAACCUCAAAGUGGAUGUAUUUGAGAUUCCAUGAGACUUGCUAAUACAACACCACAUCGAGUAGACAAUGCUCUAUUAGUUGACAUAUACACUAGAACUUAAAAGGAAGAGUUAAUAGUUGCUAAUUUUUAACUAAUAUUAACUCCAGCAACUUGUUGCAUUAAAUAAAAUCCAUCAAAAUGUCUACCGGAGCGCUUGUACAGCAAUUCGUUGCUGGCCUCAAGUCGCGUAAUCGCAAUGUACAAAGCAAAGCAGCGCAGGAUUUAUUUUUAUAUGUUAAAACAGAACUGCGUGAAAUGUCACAGGAAGAUCUAGUAGCCUUCUUUGACGAUUUCAAUCAUCAAAUAUUCAGCAUGGUGAACUCAGCCGACAUCAACGAUAAGAAAGGCGCUGUUUUGGCCAUAAAAUGUUUGAUAAGCGGUGAUGUAGUUAAUACCAUGAAACGUAUUUCACCAUAUUACAAUCAUUUACGUACGCUUUUACCUUCCAAUGAUACAACCGUCAUGGAGAUCGCGGCGCGCACACUGGUGAAAUUGGCUAAUUUACCUGGAUCGAAGGGUGCUGAAUCGAUUGAUUUUGAUAUAAAACGGGCUUUUGAAAUGUUAAGUGGCGAUCGCCAAGAGUAUCGUCGUCACGCCGCUGUUUUUAUUUUACGAGAGCUCGCUAUAGCUAUGCCAACCUAUUUUUAUCAACAAAUAUCAACUUUUUUCGAUAACAUAUUCAAUGCGAUUUUCGAUCCCAAAGCAGCUAUACGUGAAUCGGCUGGAGAGGCUUUACGUGCAGCACUUAUUGUAACAUCCCAGCGUGAAAGUACGAAACAAUCGAGUGAACCACAAUGGUAUAAAACUUGUUAUCAGGAGGCAAAUGCAAGUUUUGUAGUCGAACCAGCUGGCACGAAGGAUCAGAAAGGCAUGACACGCGACGAUCGUAUUCAUGGCGGCUUAAUAAUUCUAAAUGAACUCUUUCGCUGUUCGCAUGCGGCUUGGGAGCGUCGUUAUGCUUCAUUAAAAGCUUUACUUCCCGAUGCGCAACAUAACAAAUUUGGCGAAGUUUUACACUCUGGCUCCAACUCAGUUGGUAGUCAACUAACCACCUUAGUGCCUCGCUUGAAAGCUCCAUUUAUAAGUAAACUUGGAUCGACACAUAUGCAUUUAGAACACGAAGGGCAACAUGGUGGACCACAUAAAUUUUUAUCGUCUACUGUGCUCGAGUCAGCAUAUUCGCGUGAGAUACUUACCGAAAACUAUAUAAACAUAUGUGAUAAUGUGCUCGAACAACGCAUCUCGAAAUCACCAUAUGUCCAGCAAGCGCUUCUGCAGAUACUACCACGUCUUGCUGCCUUCAAUCGUGAAGUGUUCGUCCAACGUUAUCUAGCAGAAUGUGUUAGUCAUUUGCUCAGCAUUGUACCACGCAAGGAGAAGGAUCGAAAUAUUGCAUAUGUAACCAUUGGCUAUAUUGCUGUGGCUGUAGAACGUGACAUUGAUAAGUAUUUACGAACAAUUAUGUGCGCCAUUAAAAUAGCUUUGCCACCAAAAAUCACACAAAGCAAACGUAAAGCUGCUAUUGAUCCAGCUAUCUUUCAUUGUAUUACUUUACUGGCGCAUGCGGUGAAAUCUGGUAUAACCGAAGAUAUACGCAAUAUACUCGAACAAAUGUUUUUUAGUGGUCUUUCACCUGCAUUGACCGUAUGUUUGCGCGAACUUGCCGAGAAUGUACCACAUUUAAAAUCUGCCAUUGCUGAGGGUCUCAUACGUGUACUCUCUCAAGUACUUAUGAAUAAACCACUGGUAAUGCCAUACCAAACAUUGGCCACCAUACCAUUAGAAGCAACUAUGAAUUUACAACAUGAUAUACCUACCGUUGUGCUAGCACUAAAAACUCUAGGCAGCUUUAAUUUCGAAGAACAAAAUAUGCUGGACUUCGUACAACGUUGUGCCGAUCAUUUCAUUAAUCAUGAGCAACAAGAAAUACGUUUAGAAGCAGUGCAGACUUGUACGCGCCUACUUAAACUCGCUGUACAAUCUGCUGACAGUUCAGAAAGCUCAAAUACUCUUAGCGAAACGGUAUCACAUGUUAUUGAACGCUUACUUAUUGUCGCCAUAACAGAUAUGGAUUGUAAUGUACGCAUAAGAAUAUUACGUUCCCUGGAUGAAACCUUUGAUGCUGAAUUGGCACAACCCGAAUCGCUUAGUGCACUCUUUAUAACGCUGAAUGAUGAAAUUUUUGAAAUACGCGAAUUGGCUAUGGUUACAGUUGGUCGACUGUCUGCUAUGAAUCCGGCCUAUGUAAUGCCUAAAUUACGUAAAAUUAUGAUACAACUGCUAACUGAGUUGGAACACUCAGGUAUGAGUCGUAACAAGGAGCAGAGUGCGAGGAUGUUGGAUCAUUUGAUAAUCAGCACACCAAGAUUGAUUUCCUCUUAUAUGCAUCCCAUACUCACCAUUCUGGUACCCAAGCUACGUGAAGCCGAUCCCAAUCCUGGUGUUAUUUUAAAUGUACUGCGCGCAAUAGGCGAUUUGGCUGAAGUUAACGGCGGUUCGAAUGAGAUGGAAAUGUGGGCGGACGAUUUAUUGUCCAUUCUAUUGGAAAUGCUCGGCGAUGCUGGCAGCCCUGAAAAGCGUGGCGUUGCACUUUGGACACUUGGUCAAUUAAUUAGUGCCACAGGUCGUGUGGUAACACCCUAUCACAAGUAUCCCGGACUCAUUGAUAUACUUAUAAACUUUUUGAAAACCGAACAACGCCGUUCCAUACGUCGUGAGACAAUACGUGUACUGGGUUUGUUGGGAGCAAUGGAUCCCUAUAAACACAAAAUGAAUAAGGGACUUAUUGACAGUCAGAAGGAUAGCGUACUCAUUUCGUUGAGUGAUUUUAAAAUGGAUGAAAAUCAAGACAUUUCCACUGCUGAGCUGCUUGUGAAUAUGAGUAAUGCACUGGACGAGUACUAUCCCGCUGUAGCGAUUGCAGCUCUAAUGCGCAUUUUACGUGAUCCAACCCUGAGCAGUCGCCACACGAGCGUCGUACAGGCAAUCACUUUCAUAUUCAAAAGUUUGGGUAUAAAAUGUGUACCCUAUCUGGCACAAGUGUUGCCCAGUUUGUUGGAGAAUGUACGCACGGCUGAUAUAAAUUUACGUGAAUUUCUCUUCCAGCAAUUGGCCAUAUUGGUGCAGAUCGUUAAGCAGCAUAUUAUAAGCUAUAUGUGUGAUAUAUUUAAAUUAAUCAAAGAAUUCUGGACUGUUUAUACGCCACUACAGUUGACAUUAAUCAAUUUGAUUGAGCAAAUCGCCCUGGCUUUAGGCUGUGACUUCCGCAACUAUCUGUCGCAAUUAAUACCACAAAUUUUGCGUGUGCUUCAGCAUGACACGUCCAAGGAUCGCAUGGUAACCAAACGUCUGUUGCAGGCAUUGCAAAAGUUUGGCAACACAUUGGACGACUAUCUGCAUUUGAUUGUGCCACCAAUUGUGAAAUUGUUUGAUGCACCUUAUGUGCCACAGCAGGUCUCACUAGUGGCACUUGAAACCAUUGAUCAUCUCGCCUGGAUACUUGACUUCACUGAUUUCUCUUCACGCAUCAUACAUCCAUUAGUGCGUGUCCUCGAGGCCGAACCAGAAUUACGCGAACAAGCCAUGUCCACCCUUUGCUCACUGGUUAUACAGUUGGGCAAAAAGUAUCUUGUUUUUGUGCCUCUUGUUGAACGCACCAUCGCUAAGCAUCGUAUUGUCGAUUCAAAAUAUGAAAAAUUGUUGACGAAAAUUCAGAGUAACACCACUAUGUGCCUAGAUGAUGAAUUUCAUAUGCGCCAGAGUAAAUUUAAAUCCACCGAAUUAGUACCGCCAAAUAGUGGCAGCAAUUUCACCAUGAAACGUCUCAUGGUUUCUACCAGCAAUUUACGCGCCGCCUGGCAGGUGACGCGUCGUGUGUCCAAAGACGAUUGGGUCGAAUGGCUAAAGCGCCUGUCCAUCGGUUUGUUGAAAGAGUCGCGUUCGCAGGCUUUACGCGCUUGUCAUGUACUCGCGCAAGAUUAUGACAAGUUAUUGCGUGAUCUAUUUAAUGCGGCUUUUAUCUCAUGUUGGACCGAACUUUCGCAGGAGCAUAAACAUGAGCUAACACAGUCGUUGAUACAAGCUUUGCAAGUAACUGAUAUGCCGGAAAUUACCCAAACUAUUUUGAACUUAGCCGAAUUCAUGGAACAUUGCGACGACGAUUCAAUACCAAUCGAAACCAAGUUGCUCGGUACACGCGCCAUGGCAUGUAGAGCAUAUGCGAAGGCAUUGCGCUAUAAAGAAGAGGAAUUUCAAACGCAUAAAGAUCCACAGGUGCUCGAAUCACUCAUUCUCAUUAACAACAAAUUACAGCAAAAGGAAGCGGCUGAAGGUCUGCUUACCACCUAUCGUAAUGCCAGCAACGAGUUCAAGGUACAAGGUCGUUGGUAUGAAAAACUUCACAACUGGGAGCAAGCACUAAAACACUAUUCCGGCAAUCUGAAAGACAACAGCAAUGAUCUAGAAGCGCGUUUGGGACACAUGCGUUGUCUGGAAGCUUUGGGCGAAUGGUCCGAGCUAAGUACCGUGACAAAACAGGAAUGGGAAAAUUUAGGACGCGAGGCAAGGUCCCGUGCUGGACCGUUGGCUGCAGUCGCUGCUUGGGGUUUGCAGGAUUGGGAAGCCAUGCAAGAAUAUGUACGUUGUAUACCGGAAGAAACACAAGACGGCAGUUUCUAUCGAGCAGUACUAGCCGUACACAAUGAAGAUUUCGAGACAGCACAACGCUUGAUUGACGGCACACGUGAUUUACUCGACACCGAACUCACUUCCAUGGCAGGCGAAUCAUAUGAGCGUGCCUAUGGCGCUAUGGUGUGUGUACAGAUGUUAGCUGAAUUGGAGGAGGUUAUACAAUACAAACUCAUACCGGAGCGACGCGAACCGCUGAAGAGCAUGUGGUGGAAGCGCUUGCAGGGCGGUCAACGUCUAGUCGAGGAUUGGCGACGUAUCAUACAAGUUCACUCAUUGGUUGUGCGUCCUCAGGAAGAUGUGCACACUUGGUUGAAGUACGCCAGUCUGUGUCGCAAGUCCGGCUCAUUACAUUUGUCACAUAAAACACUGGUCAUGCUGCUGGGCACAGAUCCAUCCACACAACCCAAAGAUCAAUUGCCUUACAAUCAGCCACAAGUCACAUACGCCUACACCAAACACAUGGCCGCCGCAGAAAACAUGCAGGGCGCCUACGAACAGCUCAGUUGUUUCGUCAAUGCAUUCCAAGCUAAAUUGAAUUGCAUUGGACCAGAUGAGGCUGCUAAACAAGAUCAUCGUCUACUCGCGCGUUGCUAUUUACGUCUGGGCAAAUGGCAGAACAAGCUGCAGAGCUCGCUGGAGCCGGAAAUUGUGCAAGGUGCUUUGGAUUGUUUCGAGAAGGCAACCGAAAAUGAUCCCACCUGCUACAAGGCGUGGCAUUUAUGGGCGUACAUGAAUUUCAAAGUGGUACAAGCACAGAAGCAGCAACUUGAUAAACUAGCGCACACAGCCACGAAUGGAGAUAUAUUGCAGGACAAGGAGAAGCUCAUUAUCGAACACGCAGUGCAGGCAGUUGAUGGCUUCUUCCGAUCGAUUAGUCUCAUUAAAGGCAAUUCGUUGCAAGACACCUUACGUCUACUAACGCUUUGGUUUGAUUAUGGUCAGUACUCGGAAGUGUACGAUGCGCUUUUGACCGGCAUGAAGACGAUAGAGAUUAACACUUGGCUGCAGGUUAUACCACAAUUGAUUGCGCGUAUCGACACUCAUCGCAAACUUGUCAACCAACUCAUACAUCAUCUACUCAUAGACAUCGGCAAAUAUCACCCACAAGCGCUCGUUUAUCCACUCACAGUGGCGUCGAAAUCAGCAUCGGUGGCGCGCAAAAAUGCGGCCUUCAAAAUUUUGGAAUCCAUGCGCAAACACUACCCCACAUUGGUCGAUCAGGCAAUGAUGUGCAGUGAGGAAUUGAUACGCGUUGCCAUACUUUGGCACGAGCAAUGGCAUGAAGGUCUCGAGGAGGCCUCGCGUCUCUACUUUGGUGAUCGUAAUGUGAAAGGCAUGUUUGAUAUAUUGGAACCACUGCAUGCGCUGCUCGAUCGUGGUCCACAAACGCUGAAGGAGACCUCGUUCUCUCAGGCAUACGGUCGUGAACUAACCGAGGCUUACGAGUGGACACAGCGCUAUAAAACGUCAUCGGCGUUGAUGGACUUGGAUCAUGCUUGGGAUAUAUACUAUCAUGUUUUUCAAAAGAUAUCACGUCAAUUGCCACAGCUAACCUCACUAGAACUGCCCUAUGUCUCGCCAAAAUUGCUGGCGUGUAAAAAUCUUGAAUUAGCUGUGCCCGGCUCCUACAACCCCAACCAGGAAUUGAUACGUAUCGACUAUAUCAAAACCAACCUUCAGGUGAUCACCUCAAAGCAACGUCCACGCAAGCUCUGUCUACGUGGCUCCAACGGCAAAGACUACAUGUAUCUGCUAAAGGGACACGAAGAUUUGCGUCAAGAUGAGCGUGUCAUGCAACUGUUCUCACUGGUCAACACGCUCUUACUAGACGAUCCCGACACUUUCCGUCGCAACUUGGCCAUACAACGUUACGCCGUCAUACCGCUGAGCACAAAUUCCGGUCUCAUCGGUUGGGUGCCACAUUGUGACACAUUACAUACGUUAAUACGCGACUACCGUGAUAAACGAAAGAUGGCACUCAAUCAGGAACAUCGUCUCAUGUUGAGUGUUUCACCCGACUAUGAUCACUUGACUUUAAUGCAAAAGGUUGAGGUGUUUGAAUGUGCGUUAGCGCAAACGCAUGGUGAUGAUCUCGCAAAAUUACUUUGGCUAAAGUCGCCCUCAUCCGAAGUUUGGUUUGAGCGACGCACCAAUUACACCCGUUCACUUGCUGUCAUGUCCAUGGUUGGCUAUAUACUCGGCUUGGGUGAUCGUCAUCCCUCCAAUUUGAUGUUGGAUCGUAUGAGCGGCAAAAUAUUGCACAUUGAUUUCGGUGAUUGCUUUGAAGUGGCGAUGACACGCGAAAAAUUUCCCGAGAAGAUACCAUUCCGGUUGACGCGUAUGCUAAUCAAGGCCAUGGAGGUGACUGGCAUUGAGGGCACCUAUCGGCGCACCUGCGAAAGCGUCAUGUUAGUAUUGCGACGCAACAAAGACUCACUCAUGGCUGUCUUGGAAGCGUUUGUUUAUGAUCCGCUGCUCAAUUGGCGUCUACUCGAUAUGGAUAAAAAUCAUCGCUCCAAAUCCAAUAACGAUCCAGGUGGCUCGGGUAUGUUGGGCGGUGGUAAUGGCAGUCUGAGCAACUCGGUAGAGGAACCACUCUUACAUAGUCAACUAAUGAGUGCAAAUCACAUGAUAGGCGGCCCAAUGAUGGUUGCGGACAUCACGAACAGCAAAGCGAGCAAAGUUAUCAAACGCGUGAAGAGCAAGUUAAAUGGCACAGAUUUCCAAACGCAGAAUAGUGUGGCGGUGCCGCAACAAGUGGAUCUGCUCAUACAGCAAGCGACAAAUAAUGAAAAUCUAUGUCAGUGUUACAUUGGAUGGUGUCCAUUCUGGUAAAAGAAAAUUGCCAAAUAAAGGCACUAGAAUAUUUAAGUAAAAGGGGAAGCACGAGGAAACCCUCUAAUUAAGUUGGGGGGAAUGCUGAAAAGUUGUCACAACUAAAGUAAAGUAUACUUUUCGGCAUAUAGUUUAAUUGAACUGACAUAUUGAUAAAAAAAAGAAAAUGCAUAAAUACAUACAUAAGUCGAAAAUCAUAUAAUUUUGCGCAUUUAAAAAUUUGCGUUUUUCGGUUUGUGUAGCUGCUUAAACGUCGCUCAAAGGUAUUAGAUAAUUGAAUUUUUCGUUUACUUUACUUAACUACUUAAAUACAUACAUAAUUGUAAAACCAUAAUUUUUCUCCAUAUAAAAUUUUAUGUACUUGAUAAUGUUUUGAAAAAGUUUUAAACUUUCAGAAAUAUGUAUUUUCUAACAUACAAAAUGUCAAGUGCUUAGAGUAGGCAUGACAGUAGAGCAAAUUUAUAAUUUCGUGAGAAAGAAACUGUUUUAAAUAUAAGCUAUAUGCAUACAUACGAAUAACCCUCUUCAGCUCUUUAAGUAAGUCUAAAUGUAAGCAAAAAAUGUUUUUUUCCAUAUACAGUUUUGUUAUUCGGUAUAUAUAACGCAUUAUAAGAAAUACCAAAAAUAAUUGUGGAAAAUAAAAAUUAUAUUACAUAAUAGUAAAAA